AUGUGCUCGGCCACUCUGGAGCAGCAAGAUCUUGUGCGGUAUGUGAAUGCAUUUCUCGCGCACCUUUUUCCUGAAGGCACUUGGACGAGCAUCUGUGUUUCUCACAAUGAGUUUGCGCACAUCCACCAGGAUUUCAACAGCCCCGAAUCUCAGAAUUACACCUUCAGCCUGGGGGCCUUCUCGGGCGGAGGCUUGUGGUUGGAAGGCGACGCUUCGGCUUUUCCAGGCUACACCUUGGUGCCGCCUCCAGACAAGGAGGCAGAUCAGUCCUUACGUGGGGCCAUUGUGUGCACUCGGCGGGCAGGCUUCUCUUUCAAUGGCCGCUUGCGCCACUGCAGCGAACCAUGGGUUGGCGAUCGCUGGGUCGUCAUCGCUUAUACGGCGCCCAAUCCGGAUGCUCUGUCCGCUGAUGACGUCUCCUUGCUGGCGGCUCUUGGUUUUCCCUUGCCUCGCGUGUCGAGCACACCUCCACCGCCAUCUGCUCAAGGCAGUGUCGUUGCAACUCCUGCUCCGGAUGCACAGGACAUCCUCCAGGAUAGCACUUACGAUGCUUUGUUGCGGCUGGGGUUCUCCGGUCAAGUGACACUUGCGCAUGCAUCUCCACCAUGCACUGAGUACAGCCGUCUCAAGUUGCUGGAUAAUGCAGGCCCCCGCCCUCUGCGUUCGCCGGACCAUAUGGAAGGUUUCCCAGACUUGAAUGCUGAGGAGAAGCACCGUUUCGAGCAAAGCCGCUUGCUCCUUUUUCGCUCCUUGCACAUCCUCCGCGCUGCGUGGUGCGGUGGUGGCCACAUUAGCUUCGAACACCCUGCCAACAGCCUUGCCUGGCUCGAGACCCAGGCUUUUCUUAAGCACGUUUCCGCCGAUCUCAACUGCAUUGCGGCUUGUCGGUUUGGGGCAGAUUGGUACAAACGUUGGCUCUUUGCUUGCACUUGGCGGGAUAUGCAGGGCUUGGCGUGUGCUUGCAAUCACGCUCCCGACAGCCACCAACAGGUGGUUGGUGCUCGCAACUCGGAUGCCACCUGGGCCUCAGCUGCUACUUCUGAGUUCCCUCCUGCACUGGCGGAGGCGUAUGUGGCUGCUGCGCUGCCCUUGUUCGAGACGUGUGCAGAUCCAGUUGAUUUGUCCUUGGCCCAGCUCCCCUUCCUUGUACCCAAGAAGGGCAUGCACUCUCCUCCUUUUGGCACGCAAGAUGGCGGCGGCAUCUUUUCCUGCCCUGAUUGGUCUAAGCCCCCUAGCGAUGCUGUGGAUGUCUUUGACGGCUUGCGCCAAGAACUUGUGCAUUACCUGUUGUCUCGCAAGGCACCUCUUCGCCUUCAGGAGCAUGUUCAAAGUCAAUGCGAGGAUGCUCUGUUUUCCGCGGAUGAAGUGGCUCUUCGCGCCAUGUGGUCCUCCUGGUUCACUCGCAAGGGCUGGCCUGCCCCCGAUUGGAAAGUUCCACCUUCUCAGCCAUAUUGUCUUCAUGCCCUCUCCGCUUUGUCCCGAGCCAUGGGCGAUCGAGAUGACAUGCUGUUUCCUUGCCUGUUGGAGGGCAUCCCCACUGGUUUCUUCAAUGACAUCCCGAGGAGCAACGUCUUCAUCCCGGUGGAAGACGUGGGCAGCCUGGCCUCCGAUGAUCAACUGCAGAUUUGCGAGAGCAAUUGGCAGGGCCCGCACGGGAGAUGGCUGGAAGAGGUUCCUCUCCCCGAGGCAAAGCAACGUUGGGAUAAAAUCGCGGUUGCCAAGCUGAACGUGGUCCUUGCUGAAAACAAGAAGCCCCGCUUGAUCAUGGAUGGGACUAUCAGUGGGACCAACCCGAGCUGUUUCAUGAACGAGAAGUACAAUCUCCCUGGCCUGCAGGAUGUUCGCUCUUGCUUUCCUCUUCGCGGGUGCCACUCUCAGCACGCAGGUUUCAGUUUGGAUAUCCGGGCUGCGCACAAAGCAAUCCGUAUCAAGGAAUCGGAGCGUGGUCUGUGCGGCAUUAAGUUGGAAGAUGGCCGCCAUUACUGGUAUCGCGUGUGCCCCUUUGGUACGAAUUUCUCAGCUCUUUGGUGGGCGCGGCUUUCAUCCUUCAUGAUCAGGGUUUUCCAUCUUCUAUUAUGGGUCGCACAUAUGCUCAGCAUUUAUGUGGACGAUCUUUUACUGGUCCAGGAUGAUGCUGUGGUGGCAGUGUUCGGCAGCUUGCUUCUCUCUUUCUGCCAAUCCUUCGGGAUUCCUCUUUCCUGGGCCAAGGUACAACUCAGUCAUGAGCUGAAGUGGUUGGGCUGGUGUUUUAACUUUCGCGCCGGAACGUUCUGGGUUCCAGAAGAUAAGCGGACCAAGCUGCUGCAACAGAUUCGGGUUCUUCUCAGAAAAGGUCCUGUCGAGAAACAGGCCCUAGAGCAGACCGUGGGUCUGUUGAUGUGGAUAACUCAGGCAUCGGUGCAGCUGCGCCCCUGGCUUUGCAACCUUUGGCGGGACCUUCAACGUCCGGCAGCGACAAACUUCAGCAUCUCUUCCAGUGAAUGGCAGACGCUCAAGGAUCACCUGGAUGAGAACUUGCGGUUCUGUUCUACCCCGCCUGGGACGGCCAUUCCAUGCGGUGCUACCUUGAUCUCUGCCCGACACGUCCCACUUCGCAGCAAGGCAGAUCUGUGCAAGGUCCCUUUGACAACUCGUCGCGUCUACAUGCGGAUUGCUGACCCGCAACACCGGAAGCGGCAUGUGUCUGAGGCGAGCCGUCGCUUCUUGCUCUUCUGGGAGGACUGGUGUCUCCAGUCUCCAUCACUCACAUGCUUGCAACCUUCUUGCAGGGCGAUCUCCGCAACACUUGCAGCCGAUGCGUUUGCUUCCAGCCAGUGCAUUGGGAUUGGGGGCUUUCUUCGUGUCCAGGGUUCCUCGGCAAUUUGGUUCAGUGAACGUUUUGCUCUCUCCGAUAUGCAAUGCUUGGGGGUGCCUCUCGCCCCGGAUGCUCAGAAGAACAUUGGGUGCUGGGAACUGCUCGCCCAGAUGGCCUUGCUCAUCCUCUUUGCGGAGGUCUGUCCGGGUGGUCGUGCUGGCUUGUCGCUCCGCACCUUCUGCGAUAACAGCGCGGCUGAGUCAGCAGGCAAUCGCAUGCUGACAACUUCCAGCCCCCUAUGCUUCUUCGCGCAGCAACUGGCGUGUCUUUCAUUCAAGCUCGGCCUCACCUUGGACAUCCAGCACAUCUCCGGCUUUCGCAAUACAGAAGCAGAUUUCUUGAGUAGAUGGCAGCCGCCGGAGGAGUUGCAGCACGGGUUUGAGCUCUUGUACAGGUAUCGAUUUCCUGUGGCUCGCAUUUGGCAGUCGCAUCAUGAUGUGCGUCUUUUUCCCGCAGAUACAAAGCUGCUGUGGCAGCCCCCAUGA